AGAGGGGCAGAACUAUGCCACCCUACAUCGAUUUUUACAAAUCACAUUCUACAAAUAAAUCUAUUAAAACGAAAGUAGAUUAACAAGACAUGGGUUUUCCAAGUAAUCAGGUCAAUACCUGAAUGUUGACUUUGGUCAUUCAAUGACAACCAAAAUUGAGGUAAACGUUAUCGAACGCAUCAUCUUAUUCAUCAAAGUCACUUGCAUGGUGUUUAUAGAUAUUUUGUGCAAACAGAAAGAUUGACUGGGUUAUAGGAUUUGCUGGAUAUCUAUGUUUAUUUAUUCCAAAUAAUUGAAAAGUAUCCGCCAUUUUGAUUCAUAAAUAAGAUGGAUCCACGUCGCAGCGCCCAAGACGUUGUCCGAUGUGACCACUGUAAAGAGAACAUAGUACAGAGCUACUGUGACUUUUGCCAUGUCAGUCUCUGCAAGCCCUGUAUAGGCGAACACAUCUCAGAUGAGUAUGACAAACAUAAAAUAGUCCCCUUCAAGCAAAGAAAAUCGACCCUCAUGUUUCCUACAUGUAACACGCAUUCCAAAGAAACGUGUAAAUUGCAGUGCAAGUCAUGUAACAUGUUUCUUUGUGUUAUAUGCUCUGUGUCACAUGAACAUAAAGAUAGCGAUUUCAUAAUCCUUGAAGACAUCUGCAAGACAAAGAAAGAGGGUAUAGAAAAAGAUACUGAAGAAAUAGAAAGAGUAAUUGCCCCCACAUAUGAAGAAAUAAGGAAUGAUUUAAUAGACCAGAUUGCUAGGUUGGACGGGGAAUAUGAGAAAAUUACAACAAUUGUGUCAGACGAAGGAGAGAAAUGGCACACAGAAGUUGAUAGAGUGGUCACCAAGAUGAAGAAUGAAAUUAGUGAGAUUAAAGAGAAACACCGCGACAUAUUAGAGAAACAUUUAAAUGAAAUCAAACAGACUGAAGCCUUGAUUAAAGGAAACUUAUCUGCUCUAAGGGAACUUGAAGAAUCCAAUGAUGUGUCUAUAAUCGUAGAAUACAGACCCAGAAUUAAAGAAUUCAGGAAACUUCCUGCCAAAGUUCACGUCACACUGCCUUCAUUUUCUCCCAAGCCAAUUAACGGAGAGCAGUUUUACGAAAUGCUUGGAUUCCUGAAACCUUUUGUUUCAACAACAGAUGAAAACGGCUACAAAAUAAAAUCACCAGAGGUUUCAAACAGAGAGCUUUUAGAUAUACCUGAGAUCAUCAACACGUUUAACACAGGGUAUGAAUUACUCCGCAGUAUUUCUUUUUACAAUGAAGAAGAAAUCUGGACAAGUGCACAAACUGGGGAUAUAAAAUGCUUCAGUACUGUUGGCAAAUGCAUGAAGACCAUUACAACAAAAUCAGGAAAAAUGCCAAGUGAUAUAGCAGUCACAAGAGAUGGAGAUCUGUUGUAUUGUGAUUUCAGUGUAAAGACUUUGAAUAAAAUUAGGGAUGGAAAGAAAGAAGAGAUAAUUAAAUUACAGGGAUGGAAACCUAUCAAUAUGCGUGCCACUUCUACUGGUGAUUUUCUGGUUAGUUUGUAUAACAAUGACAAAACUCAAUCUAAAGUUGUCAGAUAUUUCGGAAGUAUGGAGAAACAAACAAUUCAAUUUGAUGAUGGAGGUAAACCUCUGUACUCGGGGAAUAAUCUUAUUAAAUACAUCACCGAGAACAGAAACCAUGACAUCUGUGUAGCUGACUAUGGGGUUGGUGCAGUAGUGGUGGUUAAUCAGGACGGGAAACUCAGAUGGAGAUACACUGGUCAUCCCUCAGGAGCUAAGAAAAAUCCCUUUAAACCCCAUGGCAUCACAAUAAACGGCCAGAGUCAGAUCCUGACGGCAGACAAUCGCAACCAUUGUAUCCACAUUCUUGACCAGAAUGGACAGUUCUUAUGUUACAUCGAAGACGUGAAAAAACCUUACGGUCUCUGUGUUGAUAAUCAUGACAACUUGUGUGUUGCCGAGCACUUGACUGGAGAUGUGAAGGUUAUCAGAUAUCUUACUUAUGGUUAAAUAAAAUUGUGUAUAGGUACAUGUACAUAUUGUGACUGAAAAGUUGAAACUCUUUCCUUGCCAUACAUGCUUUACUGGAUGAAAUAUUUUAAUUUAAUAU